AUGAUUACGGGUUCGGAAGGCCGACAAAAUCAUACUCUUUUGGAUUUAAAGAAACAACAAUGGGCCAAAGAAAAAGAGGAAAUUGCCAAAUUGGAUGAAAUGUUUUCUUCCGUACAAUCCUCCUCAUCUACUCAUCAUCAGAAAAUCGAACGCACUUCCAUACGCACCUUCUAUUCCAAUUUGGAUUUGAGCCAAACCACACGCAAAAAUUCACGACAACAUUUGUACCAUCAGCAACAGCAACAACAUCAGCAGCAGCCACUUCAUCCCCAGCAACUUUCUCCCCAAUCGGAUUUGCUAUCACCCCCUUUUGAGGAUACUAUGCAGGCCUUGGUUCCCCGCAGCCAUGCCGUAAAGAACAAAAAUCGUGGCUAUGACUACACAAACAACUAUAUAGGCGAUGACGAUGUGGGCAAUGAGGCCGAUUUCGAGGAUAUAGGUGAGGCCUAUAUGCCCCUGCGAAGAGGCAGUCAAUAUCAUGCCAAUGGUCGUCCGGUGUUGCUAAAUCAACGCAAUAACAGCACCAGCCAAAUGGGUCAAAUGCCGGGUCAGCGUAAGUACGCCUACGUGGAGUUGGUGCCCAAUACACUGCAAACGGCCAAGGGACGCAUGCAAUCUCAACGUGUGCGUAGUCCCAGUUUACCUGUCAUACGUCAUCGUGACUAUGUGCAGCAACAACAACAACAACAACAACAGCAGCAGUUUUCGCAACAGACACAACAGACGCUUCGACAAAACAAACCAACGAAACAACAAAUGCCCCCACCUCAACUCCCACUGCCACCACCCCUUGGUUGCCAGGAGGAAGACACUUCGGGUUAUUUAAGUGAUUCCCCCAAAAAUAUACAUACCCCCAAUAUUUGGUUCAAUGAUGGGGCAAGUCAAGUGGAAAGCAUCACGAGUGCUGCCGAAAGUAGCCUCAUACAAGGCCAUCAUAGCACUGCCACAGAUAUGGAGUAUACAACACGCAGAGCCAAAAGAUCAAUAAUCAGUCAACACCAGCAGCAGCAACAACAACAUUAUAUACAACAACAACAGCAACAUCAACAACAUCAUCAUCAGCAGCAGCAACAGCACCAACAACUCCUGUUGAUAAAGGCUGUCAAAGGUCAACAAACGCAAAAUGAGGAGCAUGUUUUGAAUAAGACAUACAUUGUCAAGCGUCGCGGCUCCCAACAACACCUUGUGGAGUACGAUGAUGAUGGUCUCGAUAUACAGCCUAGUGUCAAGGCCUAUCAGGGAGGUUACUACGUGACGGCCGCAACACCCAUGAGCAACAUCAGCCGCGAUGUGUCCACCUCGAACACCUAUCAAAUCCAUCAUACCGAUGAGUCCGACGUCUAUCACCAUAGCCAAGAGGAACGUGAAAGGGCCAAAUGGAGCUACAACCAAGCUCAGGAAAUGCACAAUAAACAUGCGCAGCAACAAUGUGGUCCGGGAUGGCUUAGUCGUGGACUACAUGAUCUCAAGGACAGUGAGGAUGAUACCCAGUCUAUGCUUUCAUCUUCUUGUUACUUGAGAGGACAAAAUGCUCCCAUAGAACCGCAUGUCAUGGCCGAGAGAUUGGAUAAGAAACGCAAAGCGGCAGAAUAUCAUGAAGCCAUCAAGCAGCAGUUGUUGGAAAGGGAAACUCAAAGACGUUGGGAAAUCGAAAGACAUCGUCAGGAAGAGCAACAGGAAGAGGAAAGGGUGAGAAAGCAAAAACAAAUGGAACAAGAACGUCUGGAAAUGGAACGUCGACAGCAAAUGGAAAGAGAGGAGACCCAAAAGCGGAAACAAGAAGCCAUGUUGGAAGCCAUAGCAAAGGCGGAAAUUGCAGCAAAAAUGGAAAAACAAAAGAAACGCAAUAAGUUAAAGUCAGCAAUGGAGGAUUCUGGAGAGUCUGUAGAAUGUAUGCCAGCAGAGACCUUAAAACUUAAAGAAAAUAAAAACACCCCACGCCAAGAGGAGAAGCCCAAAGAGAUACUAAAAAUUGAGUCCACAGAAAAGGAGGUGGAGGGAGAGCCAGAGGUACGUUCCGAAACUCCAAUGCCCAGGCCAGAAGCUCCUCCCCUUUCAGCUCACCCUGAGGAGGAAGAGAAAGUCUUGAUAGGCACACCCAUAAAUUUGCGUAGAGCUUUUAGCAAACCCAUACAACCUCCACCAGCCUCUAUGGAAUACAAGGCAAAGGAAGAAUUGAAGCCAGCUGAAAAUGUGGUUAUAAUGCAACCUGCCACUUUAAUACCACUGCCGGUAACCACAGAUAUUUAUGGCCUACAAAAUGCCAUUGGCAAUCUACAGAUAGCCACUUAUCUAAUGCAACAACAACUCAAACCCCAAACCGCCAAUACGGAUACAGAUUUUUCCAAGACCACUGGGGGGGCAUUUACCCAAAGGACAGACACUUCAAUAUGCACUGAGGAGGGUUAUCAGCCUCCCGAUGUGGGUAAUGAAACCAAAAGAACACAGGCUAGCAAAGUCGGAGAGGAAAAUAAGCCUCCAGACAUGGAGGAAAUGGAAGAAGAUAGGAAUCACAUGGCCUUAAUACCUUUGACCAAAAGCAAAUCCUUAGAGGAAGAUGAAAGUGAGCCCACCACCGAGGAACUGAUCAGUGAAAGUCAAGAGGCAAAAGUCUCUCAAGAUGUGGAGACUCAAACAGAAUUGCCUUUGAACUGUGAUUUGUGUCUAUUCCAUGAUAAUUUCUACAAGGUUUUGCUGAAGAGGGAAGUAUCCACCACUACCACUACCCAGACCUCAAAAACAAAUAAACCUGCCAAGGAAACUGGUAAAGAUCAAGAGACCACCACUACUACCACAACCACUACCACCACGACAUUCAAAGCCAAAUCCAAGGAUAAGGACAAGGAUAAAGAUAAGAAACGUAAUGGCAAAGAUGCUCACAAUAAAAUGGAUGAACGACCCAAAUGGGGGGUCAAUAGGCCAGUGGUGCAAUAUGUCAAGGCCAGCGAUAGGGACCCCUUUUGUUUGCGUAACAAAAAGAAACAUUGCAAUACUGCCAUGCCCAAGCCCUCAAGAUCGCAAUCGGUAGAUUCACGCCUGGAUUGCAAUGGCAAUGGCCAGAGUGAACAGAAUAACAACAACAAAUCUACUGAAGAGCUAAAGGGCUCUGGCGAUCGUGAAAGUUCUGCCGAAAAAGAAGGUUUUAUGCUCAAGGCCCGCAAUGUGUGCACCGAAAUUCUACCCAUUAAGACAGAUGAGAAAGGUAGGAUUUUCCUCAAUUUCCGCGAGGCCAGUGCUAUAAUGAAUGAAGACGAGAUCAAGGAGAAACUAAGGCAGAAAUAUUUCAAUUUUGGUCGUAUUCUACCCAGGCGCAGUUGGGCUUCAGCUACCCACAAUGGUGGUGGUAUCAAUUACAAUGUCGCUCGUGUUGGGGAUAUUAAUGGGGAUUAAAGAAAUCAUUUAUAUUUUUUCUAUGGCAUGCAACUUUUAGAAGAGAUGAGAGAACUUUUUUUAUAAUGCAUUUACAUCAGUCAUAGGUCAUAGGUGAAUGGUAACUAAACUUAAUUGGCUAUCGUAAGAAACACUCUUGAGAUAAAUAAAUACAAAUAUGAAA